UUCUCUAUGCCAGUGAUGUUUAAAUUGAGUUGUUGGUGCCUGGCGCUGAGCAGGAUCUGCCUGCUUAUACCCUGUGCUCUGGUCCUAGCCAGGGUCCCAGGCUCAUCCUCACAUCCUCAACCCUGUCAGAUCCUAAAGAGAAUUGGACACACCGUGAGGAUCGGCGCUGUCCAGCUGCAGCCCUGGAAAACCAGGGGUAUGGCUUCUCACUACACCCGUGCCUGGCCUGGAAAUGAAGUCGGGCUACAGAAAAUGGGAACAGAUCAGGGUCAAGAUGCCAAUGAGGGUGUAGAUGGUGGAAGUCGGCCAAGAGAAGCAGAUCAGCAUGAGUUAGUGGGACCUAGGAUGGAAAGAAAGUCGAACCCGGGUUCAAGAAACCUUUAUGGUUAUAAAAGUAGAGAGGAGCUGUUAUUUCCCAGGGAUGCUCUCCUGUUGGCAGUGGAUAACCUUAAUCGAGUGCCAGGUCUGUUGCCAUAUAAUCUGUCUUUGGAGGUGGUGAUGGCCAUAGAAGCGGGUCUUGGAGAUCUGCCUGUUCUCUCUUUUUCACCAUCCAGCUCUUCCUGGAGUAGUGAUCCCGUUUCCUUUCUUCAAAGCGUCUGUCAUACAGUUGUGGUCCAGGGGGUCAGCGCUAUACUUGCAUUUCCCCAAAACAAAGGGGAAAUGUUGGAAUUGGAGUUUAUCUCAUCUACAUUGCAGAUACCAGUUGUAAGCAUUGUUAAAAGCGAGUUUCAUCGGAAAACCGAGAAUCCUCUUCACCUACAGCUCAGUGUUGAAAGUUCAUUAACCUCAAAUUCCGAAGUCACAUUUAACAUCUUGACAAUGAACAACUGGUACAAUUACAGUUUAAUGAUAUGUCAAGAAGAUUGGAAUAUAACAGAUUUUCUUAUCUUGACUCAAAAUAAUUCUAAAUUUCACCUUGGAAUAAUUAUAAACAUUACUGCAAAUUUCACUUUAAGCAGUUACAUAAUAAGCUACUUGCAGCUUAACCUGGAAAGCAUAAAGGACAUUACAUCAACAAUCGUUAUGUUUGGUUGUGACAUGGAAGACACACGAAGAAUUUUUGAAUUAGCUAACCAAUAUGGAGUGAUGCUUCCAGAAUUUCAUUGGAUUUUUGGAGAUUCUCAGAAUGUUGAGGAAUUAAGAACAGAAGGUCUUCCAUUAGGGCUUAUAGCUCAUGGGAAAACGACUGAAUCAUCAUUUGAACACUAUGUACAAGAUGCAAUGGAGCUUAUUGCAAGGGCUGUUGCAACUGCUACCAUGGAUCAACCAGAGCUAGCACUUAUUCCUAGUACAACAAACUGCAUGAACAGAGAAAGUUUAAACCUCACUUCUGGAGAGUAUUUAUCAAGGUUUUUAAUCAAUACAACAUUUAGUGGUGUUAGUGGACAUAUCAAAGUCAAAGAAUCCUCCAUUAUCAACUCUGAGAAUCAUUACUUUAUCUGGAAUUUACAGCAUGAUCCUAUUGGUAAUCCAAUGUGGACCAGACUAGGAAGUUGGAAAGAGGGAAACAUUAUCAUGGACUAUGGAAUCUGGCCUGAUCAGGCACAAAGGCACAAAAGUCAAUAUCAACAACCAACAAGAUUACACCUCCGAGUUGUGACUCUGAUAGAACCUCCAUUUGUGUUCACCAGAAAUGUAGAUGAUGAUGGGCAGUGUCCAGCUGGGCAAUUAUGCUUAGAUCCAAUGACAAAUGACACAGGUGUGCUAGAUAGUCUGUUUGAAAGUCUUCAGGGUGGCAAUGACACAGUACCAAUCAAAUUUAAAAAGUGCUGCUAUGGUUAUUGCAUUGAUCUUUUGGAGAAGUUGGCAGAGGAUAUGAACUUUGAUUUUGAUCUUUACGUUGUUGGUGAUGGUAAAUAUGGGGCUUGGAAAAAUGGCCAUUGGACAGGCCUUGUAGGUGAUCUUUUAAGUGGAGCAGCACAUAUGGCAGUAACAUCAUUUAGCAUCAAUACAGCUCGAAGUCAGGUCAUUGACUUUACAAGUCCAUUUUUUUCUACCAGUCUUGGUAUUUUAGUAAGGACCAAGGAUACAGCAGCUCCAAUUGGAGCUUUUAUGUGGCCACUUCACUGGACAAUGUGGCUUGGGAUAUUUGUAUCACUUCACAUUACUGCUAUAUUUCUUACACUAUAUGAAUGGAAAAGCCCUUUUGGCAUGACACCGAAAGGACGGAAUAGAAAUAAAGUUUUCUCUUUUUCCUCUGCACUAAAUGUGUGCUAUGCCAUAUUGUUUGGCAGGACUGCAUCCAUCAAAACUCCCAAGUGCUGGACAGGAAGGUUUUUAAUGAAUCUGUGGGCUAUAUUUUGCUUGUUUUGUUUAUCAACAUACACUGCAAACUUAGCAGCAGUCAUGGUGGGAGAAAAGAUUUAUGAAGAACUCUCUGGGAUACAUGACCCUAAACUUCAUCAUCCUUCCCAGGGAUUUCGAUUUGGAACAGUUCGGGAGAGUAGUGCUGAGGAUUAUGUGAAAAAAAGUUUUCCUGAGAUGCAUGAAUACAUGAGGAGAUACAACACGCCAUCUACAUCUGACGGAGUGGAAUUUCUAAAGAAUGAUCCAGAAACUCUUGAUGCUUUCAUUAUGGAUAAAGCACUUUUGGAUUAUGAGGUGUCAAUUGAUGCUGAAUGCAAGUUAUUGACAGUCGGAAAACCAUUUGCUAUUGAAGGAUAUGGGAUUGGUCUUCCCCCUAACUCUCCUCUGACAUCAAAUAUAUCAGAAUUGGUCAGUCAGUAUAAGUCAAGUGGAUUCAUGGACAUGUUACAUGACAAGUGGUAUAAAGUAGUGCCUUGUGGGAAAAGAAGUUUUGCUGUCACUGAGACCCUGCAGAUGGGCAUAAAACACUUCUCUGGGCUGUUUGUGAUGCUGUGUAUAGGGAUUGUCUUAUCAAUUCUCACCACCAUUGGAGAACAUAUUGUAUUCAGACUAGUCUUACCAAGAAUUAAAAAGAAGUCCAAGCUGACGUAUUGGCUUCACACAAGCCAGCGUUUGCACAGAGCACUGAACACAUCAUUCAACGAGGAGCAAUUUCAGCAGAAAUUAAAGCGUUUUGAAAGAAGGUGUAAUACGGGAAAUAGUCAGCAACGUGUGUGGAAUACAUCAAACCAAAGUAGCUGUAACAGAAGAAAGUACAUCUACAAAGAAGUGCACAAUGAACUAAGCUUCAGACACCAACAAGAUUUGCCUCUGCCUCAAUUAAAGAGAGAGACUCCAAAAUUACUUACCACUAACGGCAAAGCCGAAUCUCUUAACUCUCCCAGGAGCACAGUAAUGGAGGAACUUUCUGAGCUGGAGAAACAGAUUCAGGUUAUUAAGCAAGAGCUGCAAAUAGCCAUGAAUAGGAAAAAUGAACUGGAGGAAUACCAGAGGAAAAACAGGACUUCUGAAUCCUAGGACACUACAUCAGAUCUUACACAUAAAGAGAACAUUUAAAGCAUACAAAAGUCAUGUCAAUGACAGCUGUUGUGUGGUUAUCUGAUGCCAAGAAAAGAAAAACGAUAUUACAAAAUUUCUUUAUUUCUGAUUCCUAAAUGAGAUCUAUUUGUCUUUUUGUAAGAUUCAAUCUGUAUUUCUUUAGUCUGUGUGAACUGUUAGCCAGUAUGAAAAUGUGACCUUGGACUAUUUUAAAAUCCAGAAUCACACUUGCCCUCAUAUCCCUUCUACGGCAUUAAAUGGAGGUUUUCACGUCUAAGCCCCUUAAUGUGCAUAAUAAAAAGUAAAAUGAUUUUGAAUUAUC